AUGGAUAUCGCUACAGCUGUUGAUCGAUAUGCUAAUCCUUUUGAAGGUAAAAUAGAUGAUAUUGAUGAUGAUGACUCUUCUUUAGAGGAGAGUAUUUUUGAUGUCGACAGCUUCUUCCUGGAAGCCCGUUAUUCAUUAUCUCUAUCCAGUGUGAAUGAAUCGCAUCUUACCGAGGAAAAAUGGCAAAGCUCUUAUGGAAUUGACAAGAGCAAGCCUGAUAUUGGGGAGGAAACAGAUAGUCAAGAAGGUGACAAAGUGAAAAAGGAUCUAUCCAACGUACCAUAUCAGGAGUGGGCGGUGAAGUACAUUAACAAGUAUUUGGUCACUGAUUUACUUUCAAAGAAGAGCAUUGCACAAUGGACUCAUUCUUCCCGGCUUAAUGAAAUGCAAGCACUUCCUUAUGAAAUCAGGGCUAUGAUGAAGGUGAAAAAUUACAGACUUGAGCCUUUGUUACGCUUAAUGAUUAUUAGAACUAUUCAUGAAAGAUUAGAGAAGGUUAGAGCUCAGUUACCGAUAAAUAUGAAAACCGAUGAUAAAGAUGAAUAUUUGAGUACAAGACUUGAGAAGAACUUCAACGAUCCGAAAAUGUGGCCAAAGUUAUUAGAACGAACCCUGGAGGCAGGAUUUGUUGGGAAGAGUGAAAUUUCUUGCUAUAAUCCUAAUAAAAUGUCUUUUGAUGCCAAAUUAGAAUUGUUACAACGCGAAGGCAUAUUGUACAAGAAAGAAGAUGACUCCGAUAGCUUUAUGUGCCCAACAAUAGUAAUCAAUAUAUCCAAUUUAAAGAGAUAUAAUGGUCAUUAUAAGUUGCCCAAUGUCAAGAGACACCACGCAGAUGAAGUUAUUUUAUUCGAUCCUAUGGUUAAACAACGUAUGUGCGACAAAUUGCGGAAUUAUAGAAGGAAAAAGGCAAAACUACCUAGGUUUACCAAACAAGAAUUCGAACAGAAUAUCAACUUGAGUAACCCGAUCAUCUCGCAACUAAGGAACCUAAGGAACCCUAGGUAUUCUAGACAAGUAGCAGGUGAGAAUAACUCUUGUCUUUUAUUCAAUAUAGACCAAAUCCCUACGCUAGAGGAAUCUGAAGUUCGGGGUAAGAAGACUAUGCCUGUGCCCAUUCCCUCGUCCACAAAGUUAUUUGAAAAUAGCGUUGACAGAUAUUCUUUCUCGUGUGCGCAUGCCCCAGAGUCCCAUUUGAAGAGCAGACGUCUAUCUUGUUUCACUGGCACCUACUAUUUAGGAUACACGAUGAAUAUGUUCAACGACGAAGCAUAUAAAAAAUGGGUUUUCGAAAAUGUGCACUUCAAAAGAAUAGCUGCUUUCAUGUAUGCUCAAGAGCUCUCCCGCUGUAAAAAACUACAAGAGGAAAAGAAAUGGCCUUGCAUAAUUUAUGAUUUGAACAUCUUGAACUUACCAUUCACUGUAGAAGGAUUAGAUUUUAUUCAGACAUGGUUAUUAAAACCAAGAGAUGAGAGUGAAAAAGGUUAUACGAAUUUGCCUGGUCUUGCUGAUCAAUAUAAGGCACUCGUAAUUGAAAAAAUAUCGCAGGACGAUUACAUUCGUUCUCAGUUCUUACAGCAAGAUUUAAAAGAAGUGGAGGAUGAUAAAGACGACCGGAUUGUCUUGAACUUUAUAUUGUAG